GAAAAGCGCUGGAGCCCAGCGCGCGAAGGAUGAAGGUCUAUUAGUUUAGCAGCGCUAUCGGGCGGGAGAUGGGUGUAUACAUUUUGACAUUGUAAAAGUAACAUUUACAUUUUGAUUAUAUGACAUUUUGGAUAAAAAGACUGCGUUUUCUACGUUUACACGCCUUUGGAGUGACCGCAGCGUGCGAUUGAUGUAGUUUUGUACCGUAUAAAACGACCUAAAGAUGAGCUCUCUUCUGUCUGAGCGGCCUGUAGAUCUGGCAGAGGCAAGAACAGCUGAAAGUGAUUCAGAUAGUGGAAUGGGCUCACCACUGGAGGAGCCUGUGAUUGACACCAACAUGGUCUCUGACGACCAGCAAGAUUCAGAUGAAGAUAUCACUGUGAGUCGGAAGGGACGCUCUCGGAAAGCGCUGCAGGACAGUGACAGUGACGGGGAGCAGGAAGAGGCCGGAAUGGCAAAUGCUCUGGUCCUGUCAGAGUCCAGCGACGAGGAGACAAAGACUAACGAGACCGAAAGCAUCAAAAAGAAGCGAAGGAAACGAGUAUCCCGUAUCUCAAUGCACAGUGAUGACAGUGAGCCAGAGAAAGCAGAAGUCCAAGUCAAACCAAAAGAAGCAAAGAAAAAGAGGGAGAAGUCACAAAGACGCAAAGAAAAAGAGAAAUGCAACUUUGCCCUUGUAAAACGACUGAAAGAAAAAACAGAGGAGGUCCUUCCAAUCAAAGCACUCAAUGACAGCGGCUGUUUGCUUGGGAACUCCGAUCUAUUUGAUGCCCAGUUAGAGGAAGACUCUGAACAGCAAUUGGAAAGUGAAGAGGAAGAGUCUCUAGAUGCUAUACGAUCAGCUAUGAAAAAGAAGGCCAAACACAAACCUCGUCUAUCAGACUUCAGUGGAGAUGAGGAACAAGAGAACAGGUCACCACGCAAGGAGAGGAAAGCAGCAAGAGCCAGCAAGGAGGCACUCAAGCAGCUUCACAGUGAGAGUCAGAGACUUGUGCGAGAGUCUAUGCUCAAUCUGCCAUAUUACAUGCCAGAGCCCAAAAGUAUUGACCAGUUCUUCAAGAGAAGACCUCGUCCAGAGGGUCGUGCCAUGGCUUUGCUUAAGUCUGCCAAUUACCAGGCUUGUAUUUUAGAGAGCACUACACAACCACCUCCAGAUCAAGCCACAAGAUCUCAGCACAUGCCUGAGCAGGACUCAAGCCCUCCAACAGAAUCAUCUCUGGAAAACCAGUCCUCCACCAUAUCCCUACCUCUAGCAGACACCGCCACCAGCACUCAUCAGGACAAUCGUACCAAUGAUAGCGACUCACAGACCUCAAACGAAGCAGAAAUAGAACAUGACAUAAGCACUGAUGAACCCAAACCUGUGGGUCAAGAAAAAGAAACUCCCAUUGAGCAAGAAACUGAGGGAGCUAAACGUCCAGACAAGGACCAAGUAAAGCAACAGGCCUCAGUUGAUCAAGCCCAGACUGCUGCUCUGAUGCUCAAACCGCGCAAGGAUAAACUAGCCAGACUACAAGAGCUUGGUCUAGAUCCUCCUCCUGUGGCGAAGUUGAGUGCAGAUGAUGGGGCUUUUGUCCAGCUGGAGCCACCUCAGGAAAACACAGCUCUGAAAGCACUACAAGAACGCUUCAUGAAGCACAUCCAGCCUGCUCCUCGCCCUAGAAGGGAGCGCACAUUGCAGCUUAAUGUGGUGAGGAAAGACAGCGCCCCCUCAGGACAGGAAGAACUGCGCUCUGAAUCAAUCACAAUAACUGUCAAUGAGGGAGAGGAUGAACCUGCAAAUGUCAAACCAGGAGAGAAACUGGUACUGUUGAAGUCUCGCUUGCAACAAGCCAUGGCCAUCCGCAGGAAGGAGGAGAGGGAGCGCAGAGCUGCUCUGCAUCGCCUUGACAACGAGGAUUGUGAGGAAGAAGAGGAAGCAGAGAUAACUGAGUCAGAGGAUGAAGAGGGUGUUGAUGAAUUGUUGGGCGAUGGUGGUGAUGAAGAGGCGGUGGACGAAGAGGAAGGUGAAGAUGACGUUUCAGCGAAAACAUGCCGCUCCCCAGGCUUCAAAAGUCCCUCUCCAACUCCAGCGGACACUGAUGGAACAUUGAUGCUUUUUGCCGGCAACUCCUGUUCCCGCACAGGGGAUGGUGUAAGAAGAUUAGGCACAUCUGGCCAUGAAGCUGACAAUAAAAUGGAGGAGGAUGACACCCUUUCAUUGUCUAAGGACAACAGUCAUAACAGUAGCUUUGAGCUGAUGGGCUCAAUGAUCCCAUCAUACCAGCCAGUCAAUAGAGCUGCAGGCAGAGGCCUGUCCAACAGUGCAUUCCGCUCUCCAUCUCCCUGCCUCUUCAGAUCCAGCUUCCUCGGCUCUGCUUCAAAGAGCUCAGGUAAGAUGUCCGAACCCUCCCUCUCCCUCCCUGUGGAGGAUUCUCAAGACCUUUAUGCUCCCUCGUCCCUGAGUGAGUCCGCCCUCCCUCCGGCUGGGGAUUCCCAGGGUCGUUUCUCACUGGAGGAGGACACCCACUCCCAGCUACUGGAUGCAGAUGGCUUCUUAAACGUCGGUCCUCGUGGCAUGCCUAGCCGUUCCCACAAACGGCAGCUUAUACUAGACAGUCUGGAUGAAAACGCCAUGGACGCUAACAUGGGUGAGCUCCUAGGGCUCUGCUCAGGGGGCUUUGGAUCAGGGAAGACCCAGCCAGGGGCUUCUCAGCCUGCAGCAGAGGAUGAGCUCCUGGGGUUGUGCUCUGGAGCUUUUGCUACACAGCCUGAAGAACCAGUCGCCAAGCCCAAGGAGAACAAGACCAUGGAGCCAGAAGAGCAAAGAGGGGAGAGUCGAGGCAGCUCAGAGACAGAUGGAGACGAAAAUGAGGAUAAAUCAGAUGCUGAAGAAGAGGAAACCGAGGAGGAGGUGCAGGAAGAGGAACGAGAAGCGGUCUUUGGACGACGCACUGGCAAAAAGAAAAUCCGUUUAGCAGAGUUUGUGGAAUCCGAGGCAGAGUUGUCUGGCAGUGAUGUGGGCAGUGAGGAUGAGGAUGAUUAUGGUGGUGAUGAAUAUGAGGAGGAGGAGAUACAGGAAGAGUUGCCAUCAGAUGAGGAAUUGAUGGACCAAGUAAACAAGAUUCACAUGAAGCAAAUCAUGGAUGAUGAUAAGCGAAAACUGCGGCUUUAUCAGGAGCGUUACCUUGCAGAUGGAGAUCUGCAUUCUGAUGGACCUGGACGAGCUCGUCGUUUCCGCUGGAAAAACAUUGGUGUGUUCAUCUUGUGA